GGCGUGCCGAAGGGGGGGACCGGUGUGGUGUGGAACUUCUGGAAAAUUAAGCUGGAAAGUCAACCCAGGAGGUGGAACCAGAGGAUGGCACAUGUGUUUGCCCCCCUUCCUUGCCAAUUUCACCCUGGCAAGUCCUUCUCGCACCAAGGACUCCAGUAGGCGAACCGCCCCCCCCUAAGGAAAAGUUCAUCUCAUCUCUUUGGAAGGUCUUCUCCACCUCCUACCAUUCCAGGUGAGGCCACCACCUGAUCCUCCCGAAAAGGACAUGUAAGAACUUCUCUCUUAUGUUCCCAAACCCGUUUCCAUCCGAUCUCCUGUUUCCUGGAAGUGGGCACCACUUAGGGAAAACCCACCUCGGCCACAAGCUUCUCCCCUAACCGGGCGCUCCAUUUUGGACGGAGAGAAAAAGGAGGGGGGGAAUUAAGGAAUCCGACGCCUGGUUUGGAUCUUGCCGAAGAUGUCUGAUCAGGAGAUUGAUGACUACGAUGGGGACAACUUCUCCGACACUUCCCACACCAUCCAAACUCUCCCGCCGUACAACAUGGAGGACCAGCUCCUGCCCAUGGAGCGUCGUGGCACCUGUGGCUGCUGGGCGUGGACUUGCUUGGUGGGGACUAUGAACGCUUUUGCCUUUCUCCUAAACUUCCUUCUGAUGGCUGCCAUCUUUUCGGUGGUCCUCCUGCCCGCCGUUGUCGUGGUCUAUUUUGGAUUCCAGUGUCACUCCCGCGUGCUCCACUCGACCGCCUACUACUGCCAGACCAUCCUGGACGACAAUAGCUCUUCGGCCUUGAUCAUCCUGGGCUUUGUCAUCAUGUCUCCCCUCAUCGUGGUCUCCAUGGCUCUCUACUGCAGCCUGGCCCGCCGGCUGCACCUCUUCCUCUGCUUCCAGCCGUGCGCCCGUGCCGUCUACAAAGGCGUGAAGUGGCGGUGGUACGAAGAAGGGGGCCUGUGUGGGUGCACAAAGGAGUGGAACCACCAAGUCAAGGCUUGGGUCUGAGCUGGUCCCCCCCAGCCUCUCCAUGCAGCUUGGUCGUUUUCAGUGGGGGGGGGGCAUCAAGAAAGAGCAGCGAUAGUAACCCACCACCAUGUUUCCCCUGCAGGCUCUUUGUGCUAAGGAGUAGCCAGGCU